ACACUUCGUGGUAGUGUUGUCCCAGGUUGCACCUGGAGGUGGGGGCGCAUGCUCCAUGCGAUGUAAACACUUGGUAGGCCGCCGCCGUCUGUCUGGGCUCUGCAGACAUUUGUGUACACGUAUUAUACGCCUGCAUGGGCUGGACCGAGGAGUCCAUGGGAACAAGCUAACUUAACGCUGGCUAGCGUUCAACUGGAAACCUAGCUAGGCUAUCUUGGUUAAUAUAGCUAAUGUACUUGGGCAAAGCGUUUGAAAACCAGUCUUUUUCUCACUACAGUAGGACUAUACUUUCGUGCAUGGGAAGCAGGCGACGUUUGCUCCGGCUGGCUAAAAACGGUUCAAGGUGGCGACUGACAAAGUUGCUGGUAAGCUGAGUUCUACUCUCUCAUGGGUGAAGAACUCGGUGUCCCACACGGUCAGUCAGAUGGCUAGCCAGGUGGCCCCGCCCACGUCCCUGCAGACCACUGCUACCUCUUCCUCUACGUCUUUGUCUUCGCCUGCCCUCUCACCGUCGUCCUCGGUGCAGCUCAGUCCUGAUGAUGUGGAACUGCUUGCCAAGCUCGAGGAGCAGAACAGGCUGUUGGAGACAGACAGCAAGUCACUGCGCUCCAUGAAUGGCUCCAGGCGGAACAGUGGCUCCUCCCUGGUGUCCAGCUCCUCUGCCUCCUCCAACCUCUCCCACCUGGAGGAGGACUCGUGGAUUCUCUGGGGAAGAAUUGUCAAUGAGUGGGAGGAGGUGCGCAAGAAGAAGGAGAAGCAGCUCAAGGAUCUUGUCAGAAAAGGGAUUCCUCACCACUUUCGGGCAAUAGUGUGGCAGCUGUUGUGCAAUGCCCAAAAUAUGCCCAUCAAGGAUCAGUACUCAGAACUCCUGAAGAUGACAUCCCCAUGUGAGAAGCUGAUUCGCAGAGACAUCGCCCGCACUUAUCCUGAACACGAAUUCUUCAAGGAGAAGGACAGCUUGGGCCAGGAAGUGCUCUUCAAUGUCAUGAAGGCAUAUUCUCUGGUGGACCGUGAGGUCGGUUAUUGUCAAGGGAGCGCAUUCAUUGUUGGACUGCUACUUAUGCAGAUGCCAGAGGAAGAGGCUUUCUGUGUGUUUGUGAAGUUGAUGCAAGACUACAGAUUACGAGAGCUCUUCAAACCCAGUAUGGCUGAGCUGGGACUCUGCAUGUACCAAUUUGAGUGCAUGAUCCAGGAGCAACUCCCAGAGCUGCAUAUGCAUUUCCAGGCUCAGAGCUUUCACACCUCCAUGUAUGCCUCUUCUUGGUUCCUCACCAUCUUCCUCACCUCCUUCCCUCUGCCUGUUGCCACAAGAAUCUUUGAUAUCUUCAUGUGUGAGGGUCUGGAGAUAGUUUUCCGUGUGGGACUGGCCAUCCUUCAGAUGAACCAGACUGAACUCAUCCAGCUGGACAUGGAGGGAAUGUUACAGCACUUUCAGAAAGUCAUCCCACACCAGUUUGACAGCGGACCAGAUAAAGUCAUCCAGGCUGCUUAUCAAGUCAAGUACAAUGCCAAGAAGAUGAAAAAGUUAGAGAAAGAAUACACUACAAUCAAAACUAAAGAGAUGGAGGAGCAGGUGGAGAUUAAGAGGCUGCGGACAGAGAACAGGCUCCUGAAGCAGAGGAUAGACACACUAGAGAAAGAAAGUGCUUCCUUGGCAGAUAGAUUGAUCCAGGGACAAGUGACUCGAGCUCAGGAGGCAGAGGAAAACUACCUGGUCAAGCGGGAGCUGGCCACAGUCAAACAGCAGAGCGAGGAGGCCAGUGCUCAGCUGGAGCAGGCCAAGAAAACCAUCAGGCAGCUCCAGCAGCAGCAGCAGCCACAAGCGAAGGGAACCCCUAGGUACUCUGAGGAGUCUGUCCUGCAGCUGGAGAGAGAGCUUGUUCAGGCCCGACUGAAGGAGGCAGAGUCCCAGUGUGCACUCAAGGAGAUGCAAGACAAGAUCCUUGAUAUGGAAAAGAGGAACACGUCGCUACCAGAUGAGACCAAUGUGGCACGACUACAAGAGGAGCUGAUUGGGGUGAAGCUAAGGGAAGCAGAAGCUCUGACUGGCCUGAAAGAGCUGAGACAGCAGGUCAGAGACCUGGAGGAGCACUGGCAGCGUCACUUGGCACGCACAGCUGGUCGCUGGAAGGAUAGCCCCAAGAAGAAUACCUUGAGUGAGCUACAGGACGAGCUGAUGAGUGUGAGGCUGCGUGAGGCCGAGGCCCAGGCAGAGGUCCGAGAAACACGGCAGCGGAUUCUGGAGCUGGAGACACAGAAUCAGAUUCACAGCAACCAGCUGAGACGGGCGGAGCAGGAGAGUCGCUGUCUCCAGGAGCGCGUCCAAACACUGACAGUGCAAAAUAAAGAUCUGCAUGUACAACUGCAAGAGAUCAAGCGGAGACAGGCGGAGAUGGAAUGCAAGAGUAAGGAAGAAGUGAUGGCAGUGAGGCUGAGAGAAGCUGACAACAUUGCUGCUAUGGCUGAACUCCAGCAACAGAUCUCAGAGCUUGAGAUUGAGAAAGAAGAAGGAAAGGUCCAAGGCCAGCUGAACCACACAGAUGCGAGCCAGUACAUCCGCGACCUCAAAGACCAGAUAGCAGAGCUUCAACAUGAGAUUUGCUGCUUAAAAGGGCAGAGGGGCUUGGCCAAUCAGCCCACUUUUGAUGGGAUUCACAUCGUCAAUCACUAUGUGGAGGAUGAUGAGUCUUACCAGUCUUCAGAUGAAGAUGGAGUCAAAGACCCCACCCACAAGGAAACCCAUCGGAGGAGCAGCGGCCGUAUCAGACUGCGCCCCAACCUCGGAGACACCGAUAGCGAGGAGGAGGACGGGGAGGCCCUGCGACUCUCUGUACCUCAGAGUGGCAGCCACAAGUCCACCACUGUGUGACAAGUGUCCGCUGGCUGCUAAAGUCGGUACACAGGCUGUUAGCACUCAAUGAGGAAGAGAGGAUGUCUCCAGCAGCCAUUUCAGAGAAGAAGUCUGGAUCUGCAGUUCUGAAUUUCAGAAAGGAAAUGCAUCAUCAUUUCAUAUCAUGAGAAUCACACUUAUGGAUUUAGUUUUUCAUUGUUUACCUCCAUUUUGUAGUUUUCUUGUUAUCUUCUUGAAAGCAGCAAACACCUGACAGCUGGCAGAUCAUUAGUCUGGACCUCAGCAGAUAAUUAAAUAAUGUGGAACGUUUCAAACUACUUGGCCACAGAGACCAGAGGAGGAGGAGGAGGAGGAGGAGG